AUGGCCAACCCUGGAGAUUCCUCCUCCUCCUCCUCCGAUGAGCAACAACAACUUGGGCGUGAGACGCCGCCUCAGAUUCAUGCUUAUGCUGUCGGAGAGGAUGCCCCAAUGCAAGGAACUGAUCAGAAGAUUUCCCCAACUAGGGCUCAACAGACUGGGGGUAACGGAGGAAACAACGUUAGGGCUGAGGGUGGUACUGAUACUGUUGAUGUUGUUGGAGCCCCCCCGGAGGGUCCUAAGAGGAAGCGGAGAGGCCGAAACGAGGAACAGGGCUCAUCGAGCAUGGGCACGCAAAAACCUAAGAGGAAGGUGGAGUUACUGGAUCCACCAACGCGCGACCCCGACUGCGUCGUCUGUGGCAAGCACUUCAACUCGUGGAAGGCUUUGUUUGGGCAUAUGAGGUCCCAUCCUGAGCGUCAAUGGCGUGGGGUGUUUCCUCCCCCGACUGGAAGCUGGGACCCUUUAGGAUCACCAGACCGAGAAGUAGAAGCAGGAACUGGAACUGGCACUGGGCGCAUUGGCCCUCGGGCUCAAGAAGAAAUCGCUUCGACUCUUCUCAACGUGGCUCAGGGCGUGAUGUCGAGAAUGACUCCUGUGAUGACCGGUGCAGGUGACGUGGAUAUUGGAAGUAAGGGUGAUGAGCCUGCGCCCUCGGCUGCUAAGGAUUCCACUUCUUCUCCAGCGGGAGGCCUGGGAAUCGAUCUGAACCAGCCCCAAGAGGAAGACCCAGAAUCUCCGAAAUUCGAUCUGAAUAUGCCUGCUCCGGAGGACGAUGAUGAGGACAGUACUGAUUCUUCUUAA